AUGACGUCGUAUCCGAACAGUUAUGGCCACGAGAAACAAGAGGAAGCCGGUCUGGAAGUGCAUCAAUUCUUCCCGUUGGUCGAGGUACGAUUUGCUUUACUUUUCGCAUGAUUCUUCUAACUUUUCCAUAUUUUCCUUUCAGUACGGAUGUUUCGAGCAUUUGAAGUUCUUCCUCUGCACAAUGUACACUCCAAUCUGCCAGGACAACUACGACAAACCGAUUCUACCGUGCAUGGAACUGUGUCUGGAAGCUCAGACCAAAUGCAGUCCGAUCAUGAACAAGUACGGAUUCCGAUGGCCCGAGACCCUUUCCUGUGAUGCUUUGCCCAAAAUGUCGGACCAAAUGACUACCGGGAACAUUUGUGCGGCACCGCCAGACACGCCGAAAAAGCACAAGAGCGGACAUCAUCAUCAGAAACAGCAGCAAUCCGAACUCCGUCCUCAAGUGGGAAUCUCAAAGAUCGACAAUGAAGUGCUGGUGCCCAAUUCGGAGUGUCAAUGCACUUGCAAUCAACCAUUCCAGUUUGUCACUUCGGAGAAGGCAAAAGUGGGCAACGUUUCCAAUUGUGCCUACUCGUGCCACGCCCCGGCUCUCACUGAAAACAAGGCUCUCGUGAGCAACUGGUUGGCCUUCUGGAGCAUUACUUGCGCAGUGCUCGCCGCCUUCACCUUCCUCACGUUCCUUAUCGAGACGGACCGAUUCCAAUACCCGGAGAGACCAAUCUUCAUGCUCGCCUUCUGCCAGCUCAUGGUCGCCGUCGGAUUCAUGAUUCGUUACUUUGUGGGACACGAGGAGAUCGCUUGCGAUUCCAUGAGAAUCAAGGGAGCCGACGAUAAUUCGGGCUCCCUUUGCUUCGUCGUCUUCCUGCUCACUUACUUCUUCGGAAUGGCUGCCUUCGUCUGGUGGGUCAUCCUCUCGCUUACUUGGGUACUUGCCGCCGCUUCCAAAUGGUCCCCCGAAGCCAUCGCCUCGUUCUCCUUCCACUUCCACGUCGUCGGAUGGUGUCUUCCUGCGGCUCAGACUGUACUUGUUAUCAUUUUCAACGCCAUCGACGGAGAUCCCAUCACCGGAAUCUGCUACGUCGGAAACACGGACAUCCAUUUCCAACGGGUAUUCGUUCUGGCGCCUCUUCUCGUCUACUUCCUCGUCGGCGUUUUCUUCCUCAUCAUCGGAUUCUUCAACCUUUGGAGCAUCCGGAAUGAAGUUCAAAAACAGCAUCCGUCGUUGGAAAGUGCUCACAAAAUCACUCAACUGAUGUCAAAGAUCGGAAUAUUCUCACUUCUCUACACAAUUCCCUCUCUUCUCAUCAUUUCUGUUCUCUUCUACGAACAGAAUCAUCGGCCUCUCUGGGAGCAGUCUCAGUUGUGCUCAUGCUCUCCGAAACAACCACUAGGUAAGACAAAAAUGCAAAGAGCAACAGUUGACUAACAGCGAAUGUUUCCAGGAGAUUCUUCGCUCGUCAUCGCCCUACUCAAGACCUGUUGUAUGUGCAUUCUCGGCUGGACUUCUGGAUUCUGGGUGUGCAGUACGAAGACGUUAUCCUCCUGGAAGAAUGCCAUCUGCUGUUUGGGUAAGAGCUCUUCCACUCGUUUCCUUCUCAUCAACUCCUAAUUUGCAGGCGGAUCCCGAUCGUUGCCCAAAUACCAGCCAGCAGACAUUCUGUACGCCAAGUCAGACAUGUCUUCUCCGCAAUUCUAUAACACAAACCUUCGUCACAACCACAUUUACGGUGGAAUCCCUGACAAACUCUAA